AUGCAGGUGGAGCACAUUCAGCUUGAUACAUUCUUGCGGAAGCUGUCGGACUCGAGCGAGCGAUCUGACGAUGCAGCGUCGCAGCAGCGGACAUCGCCUGAGCUCGCUUAUUCGAAAUCGGCACCUCAGUUGCGAUCCGUGAAACUACGGAGCGACCCAAAGCUCGAGGAGCUGAGGCGGAACAUCCGUUCGAAAGCUGCUCGCAAUUCAGUUUUGCAAGACUCGAAAUGCAGACUGAUGCUUGGUCUGCCCCCGCCGUCUCGUCCGAAGAAUGUCAGAAGCGUUCAUACCCUGCCAACCAUGGCCCAGGCGGCAAAGCUGCGGGCCGGAGCCCUUCAGAGAGCCCAGUCGAGGAAGAAGCCGGAGAAAGAGCCCAAGCCUUCGACCGGAAACGGGCGAAAGAAGGUCAGAAAGAGGACCGUGACGAUGCAUUUCCAGGGUCAAGAUGAUGCUGACAAGCUUCCGGCUGCAAGCUGGGAAAAGGUUGGUUCUCUGUGUGCCAGCGUGCAAGAGGCACUGGACAGGUUCUAUUCGCCCAGCGGUGUGUUAGCAGAUCACGAAGUCAGGAGGAUGCGGAUCUGUUUCCAGAGGUUCUCUUCCGAGGACAACGACCUUUACCGUGGACAGGUGCACGAGGUGCUGACCCACCUUUGCUUUGUUCCUGUCUCCGAGGAUAAGGCCACAGCCAUUGCCAAGGAUACCAAUGAGUUCUCGACGUUGGACUUCCAAGAUUUCUGUGACUUCGUGGAGCGCUACAUGCAGUACGAGCGGGAGGUUGUGCGUGUGAAGUUGGAGGAGUGGACAGCGCGGGAGAAGGACGAGGAUGAUUCCGAUCCUGAUCCCGUUGCCGAAGUGCGCGGCUUCCUGAAGUCCUUGGGCAUCGUGUGUCUGAAGGAUGCGGCCGAAGAGAUCAUUACACUGGGCGGCCUGAAUGGUCGCAGCUGCGCCCGACCAGAGGAGCUGUUGCGGUGCCUCGCAGCAUAUCGAGCCCGUGAAGGCUUCACGAAAGCCGAGAUCGAUCGGAUCCAGGAGGUUUUCGUCAGCUUGGAGGCGGAGCCACAGCCAAAGACUGCGGCUGACAUGCGGUCGGAAAGGCACAUCAAAGCCGGCCAACUUUGCAUCGGUCUUCUAAAGAUCGCUGGGCUGUAUUGUGCUGAACAUCUCAGGGAGCUCCUGGACAGGAUGGAAGAAACCAUUGAGGGUGAAAAGAUCACGCCCUUCUGCUUCUACGAGUUCCUUGUCUGCGCCCGUCGCCUUCGAGAUGCGAUGCUGAUGGCGGCUUCUGAGGAGUUCGACAACGUGGACGCCGACGAGGAUGGCAUCGUCGAAGCGGAGGAGCUUCGCGAGUUCUGCAAGCCUCUGGGCUUCGCUUUGUCGGGGGAGGAGUGGGAAGAGCUGGUCGAGGAGCAGAGUUUGGGGGAUGAGGACGUGGAGUUCCAGGAUGCCUGGAACUUCCUCCAGGCGGUGCAGGCGAGGAACGGCUUCACCCUGGACGAGCAGCAGGAGCUCUCCGAAGCCUUUGACCGCUUCUCCGACAAGUCAGGUGAACUUGAGAACCUCAAGGUCAAGGAUCUGCUCACCUACCUUGGCUUCGAGACAGGUGUAGAUGAUAUCCAAGACAUGGUCAGUCGAGUGGACUUCAAUGGCAGCAUGACUAUGGACCGACAUGAGUUCUUGCGGCUGAUGCGACUCCAGAGGGAAGUCACAUCGGCAUCCUACACGGCCACCUAUGCGCGGAAUCGUCUCUUUGCCCGGGGCGGGGCACCACCAGAGGAAGUCGAGCGCGUUCUGGUUGCAACCAAGCUGCAUCCCAAUGUCCACAUUCUGGACCAAGCUCUGAGCCUGGUUGAAGAAUCCGGAGAAUAUGAUCGUGAGACCACUCAGUCGCUGCAGUUUGAAGGCUUCCUGAAAGUGGCCGACUAUUGUCGCAAGACGAUACCAAUCUACAACAGGAGGCAUGCCAACUUCCAGCUUGACCAGAUCGACGAUCUUCGCAAGUCUUUCGAAUCGCAAGAUGUGGAGAAGAAGGGUCACAUAACCAUUGGAUCCUUCUUGUCGCUCUUGGCCGACACGAGCUUAGCUGUGAACACCGUGGCUGGUCGAGCCCGGAUGUAUGAGCAGUUGGAGAGAUCUCGUGAGGCUGCCUUAGAUGCCGGCGUCAGCAAGGAGGAGGUCGGCAACCCCAACACCCCGCGGGUGCGCUUCCUCCCUAUGGUCCAUUUCGUCCGCGAGACCGUGAAAAUUCAUGACGAUGCGGUUUUCGAGAGGGAGGAUGCGGCCUUGAAGGAAGUAACCUUCUCCAAGGAAGAGGUGCAACAGUUCCGCGACCUGUUUGCAGCUUUGGUGACGCAGCACGAGGCCGAGGAGUCAUCAAAGCCGGUGUCGCCAGAGCGGCCUGCUGCGCGACGUAUGUCGGCCGUCCAGGCUGCACAAGUCUUGGCAGAGGCAGAAGAUGCUCUGCGCGAGCAGAGGUUAAGGGAAUUGACUUUGGGCUCCGUGAUCAAGAGACUCACAAAAGUUGAUCGUGUUCCGGCAUCCGACAUCAUCAAGAUGGUGACGAAGAUGGGAAUCCAGGUUGGCCCAGUGCACCCAGCAAAGCGUCAUGCUUGUAUCCUACGAAGGUUGGUUGGCAGAGGGUUUGCUUUGGUGAGAGCAGCAGAAAACGCCGUCCUGGAAAGUAAAGUUCUUGUGACCACACACACACAUACAUAUAUAUAUAUAUAUAUGUAG